ACCCGCCGUCUGUCCGCUUCUCUCCGACACUCCUUCAUGUGUUCAACCACAGGGAAACUUUUCAGGCGGAGGAGAAGGAAACGAGCCCAGGGAAUAUUUUUAAGCGUUUGUUUCUCUUCAAAUUCACCACAUUGGGCUUUAAAACAGACUGUAGAUGUAUGCUGACCACAGACUCAUGAACACCUGAUUCACGCUCCAUACACUUUGCUUCCGUAAAGGUUCAAGCGCAGUUGUCCGAAAGCGGAGAUGUCAUCUAAAGCGCCGAGCUCCAGCAGCAUUGCUCAGGCCAGGCGGACGGUGCAGCAGCUGAGGAGGGAGGCUCGCAUCGAGAGGAUAAAAGUGUCCAAGGCUUCAUCGGACCUGAUGCGCUACUGUGGAGAGCACGCCAAGAACGACCCUCUGCUAAUGGGCAUCCCGACUUCAGAGAACCCCUUCAAGGACAAGAAGUCCUGCACCGUUUUGUAGCUCAAUACACCCCCCUUGCUUUUUAAAACUCUUAUGUAACUGCCUGAUAAUAGUUUUAAAACCAACUUGCCUAAACUCCUCCGUGGGGUCUACAUGUUUUUUUUGUUUUUUGUUUUUUUACAUACACCUUCUAAAUAAAGAUAAAACCAAAGAACGGGCAGAUGUCUGACAGUUCAUCAAAGCAUCAGGUCCAAACAGUUUGCAUGAGGGCCUAAAGCGUUGCAGCUCUUAAGGAAUAAUUAUCAAAUGAUGCCUAAACAAGGCCCCUUACUCACUGCGCCUAUCAGAUCGUCAAGCCUCUUACUUUUAUCAUGUUUGCUUGAGGAUAGAGUGAGUUUGUGUUCUACUGAUAAGGAACAUACAGAAUAAUGACAUCCUGUCAGUGGAUGAUGGGUCUGCCGGGCUUUACAAAGCGACAAAUGGAGAGAGAAGCUCUGCUGCCAGUGAGGGUCAGCUGAUGCCUUAGGCAGCCAUGGAUUAACAUUCACCAGUAGUGAUAAUCUGGAAAUGAUCACCUGGAAGUUUGUUCCAUGUAGCAUGUGGAUCCUUUCAUUGUGGAUUUCCAAAAAGCUGCCAACACUUCCCAGUCUAGAGAGAGUUUGCACGCUAAGAGGGAUAAAACAGAGCAGCUUCGCUUACAGGAUGACCUGUUAACCGUAUGUGGACUCUCUUUGGGUUUUUACGGUCAAUCCCAUCUUUAUGCAGAUGUUUUAUUCUUGUUCUUUUCAACUUUUUCUGUUGGUUUGAACUUUUAUCUGUCAAAGUUAGGAAAGACUUCACAAUAAAGAAAAACAUUCACCAAAAUGGUUUAAAUAAACCUGAAGGAGCUUCCUCACCUGUACAGUAGAAACAGACCAACACUUCGGCCCAUCAAUAAUUUCGGAUGAUAUUAGCAUGUUUAUUUUCUUUUUUUUGUAGUUUUUUUUUUGUUUAAUUUGAGACUUGUGUAACAUUUAUCAUUGUGACAUUUUAUCAUGUAUUGGAGGAAAAAAAGAAACGGCUCGAAGAAUCAACCUAAAAAAUGACCAGCAGUACAAAAUCUGGAUGAAUUAGAUUGAUGUCAAAAUAAUUGGCAUUUCCCUUAAAAAAACUGUGUUAAUCAAUCUCUGCUGAAAAGGACCAGGUACCAUGUCUAAAAGAUGAGCAGAACAUCUUAGUAAUUAGUUCCAGCUACCUUUAGGUGUAGAUUUAAAACAAUCCUUUGUUCCUACAGUCAGAAAUUUCUCUGACGUUUUGUUUUUCUGUCAUUUUCACGCAACACUGUGUAACUUUUGACCCAAGUAUUAGCUUCAUUUCAUAUAUACUAAAUGAUUUUUCAUGUACAGCACUUGGUGCGUAUCCAUUGGUUCCAUCACUGAGUGCGUCAUGUGACCCAGAGCGCCGCUUUAUGGCCGUCUGAGCUCCCUUUAAACAUCGCAGCUACCCAAGCUGAAAGCUGUUGUUGUGCAACAAAACAGAUAUGAGGCUUACCGGAUCAGACAUAUUUUUCGUUCUGGGAUGUAGGAUUUAAUCUAGAGCGGUUAAUGUUACCUUUACAAGGAAUUCCAUAAAUUCUCAGCCUGCUUAUCCAUUGUGGUUGGAUAUCAGAUUACAGAACAUUGGGAGAAAGGGUUUAAUUUUGUGCCUGUCAAUGUUGCUAGUGCCCCUAGUGGCUAAAAGUUACACAAUGUAGCUCUAUAUGAUCUGAUCUUUGUUUUUCGGUAUGGCAUUAAUGUCGGGUUGACUGUGUUUUUAUAUCUACUAUGCUACACAACAAUUGCUGUCUUUAAGCCGGGCGUACACUGUGCGAUUUUUUUCAAUUGUUGCACAAAGCUACAGCUCACACUGUCCAAGGAAACCACAGAGUUUUCUCGGACAGUGUGAGCUCACAGCUCAUGAUGUAUGUUCUCAUACUUUGUGGCCUGACGCUAUGUUGCGAUUUACCUGCUUGCACUAUACGUCUAAAAACCAUGUCGGACCACAGUGAAAUGGCGCUACUCGGGCUCGUCUAUCUGGAAGCCAAACAUGUAGAAAAGGAGCAUGAAGCUUAUUAGAGUGAAACGUGCUGCCUUUGCAAUUUGUGCAAUUUUGUGUUCUAAAAGAUCUAAAAA